AUGUCCCUGCUGGGCCUCUCGCUCGAGGCCCGUCCGCGCGCUGCUGUGCGUAUGCGCGCAUUCCGUGGCAUUGCUUCCACGCCGCGCUGGGCGUCUGCGCCGGCGCAGGCCACCGCGGCUGCGGUGAGCGUGGAUGCGAGUGUGUCGCCGGUGGCGCCCGCGCUCGAGGCGUCGCGCCAGGCGCGCCAGCUGCUGCGCUGGCUGUGGCUCAAUGCUGACCAGCGCCACGAACUGACGGCGUAUGUGGAUGCGGCGGACCAGACUGCUGCGCCGGCGUGGCUGCCGGCCACGUACCAUGCGGCGCGGCAGUACCGCACGGCGCGCUCGCGCCGCUGGCUGCCGGACGCUGAGCGUGUGGGCGGCCGUGUAGAUGCGUUUUUGCGCGAGCGCAUUGAUGCGAUGCGCGCCAGGCUCGAGGGCGGCGCAGCGGAGGGCCUGUCGCUGGAGAUGUGGGAGGCCAUGUCGCUUGAUGAGCAGGCGGAUGUGGUGCUCCUGCCCGUGUGGGCGCGAAUGACAGAGGAGGAGCGCAGUGCCGCGCUGACGCGCGUUACGUACGAGUGCGCGCGGCGCCUCGGCUGGCGCUCGGGCUACUCGGCGGGCUACCCCGGGGCGGGUGCGCCGCCUGCUGUGGGCCGCGCGCCUGGCUCGCGCACGGCCGCGCGGCGUGCGCUGCAGGCGACGGAAGAGGCGCGCGCCUGGGACGCAUGGCAGGCGCUGACGCCUGAGGAGCGGCGCGCCGAGUGGGAGACGGCGUGGCGGCUGCGUGACCGCUCGGUGGUGUACGUGGACGAUGCGCCGACGACGCGCCUGCUGGGCGCGCCCGCGCCGCGCUGGUUUGCAGAGCCGCAGCGGGCAGGCGCGCUGCAGUUCCUGCCGAACGUGACGGUGCGUCUCGUGCGCAACCACACGCCGCGUGGGCAGCCGUACGAUGCGUGGAAGGCGACCUUCCGUGUGCCGCUGCACAUGGACAAGCACCAGCUGCGGUCGUUCCUGCUGGCGGUGUAUGGCCUGCGAACGACGUGGGCGCGCUCGAUGGUGUACCGCUCGUCGAUCGUCUUUUCGGGGCGGCAGCGUCGCCGUGUGGUGGGCAAAGACCGCACGUUCAAGAAGGUGGAAGUCGGUCUGCUGGAGCCGUUUGUGUUUCCUGGUGUGACGAAGGACUUUUUGCGCGUGAACCUGUUCCAGCAGGAGAUGAUGUACGAGGAGCGCCGCCUGCUGCUCAAGAUGACCAAGGGCCGCCGCUGGCGCAGCCACAAGAGCGUGCGCGACCUGUCGCGCGCCCUGGACCGCGACUGGGCGGCGCAGAGCGCUGGCGCGCCGGACGAGGCGCCGACGGAGCGGCCGACGGCGCAGCUGCUCGUGCGCAAGCGCUCGGUGCCGACCGCGCGCCACGGCAACAUCUUGUCAGUGCUUGCGGAGCGCCGCGCGGAGCGCGAGGCGCGCCUGCAGACGUACUUGGACGAGCAGCGCCAGAAGAGCGCGCCGUCUUCGUAG